AUGACGCUGUUCACCAAUCCCCACCACGAGCCUCUCGCGAUUGUGGGCAUUGCAUGCAAAUAUGCUGGCUCUAUUGAUUCCCCAUCCGAGUUGCAAGAGCAGAUUUUGGCCGCUCAUUCCAUGCAGGGCACAAUGCCUCCUAAUCGCAUGGAUGCCUCGUUUUAUCACCACCCGAACUCUGAAGCAACCGGCACCACUCACACAAAUGGUGGAUACUACCUGGACGGAGAUGUAAAUGCGUUCGACGCGCCAUUUUUCCAACUGUCUGAGUUGGAAGUGUUGGCUAUGGACCCGCAGCAGAAGUUGCUUUUGGAGAACGUGUAUCAUGCGCUAGAAAACGGUACGUCGCCUACUACCUAG